AUGCCCAUUCAACCAUCCUCGAUUCUGGCGGCUGUCCCGACAUCUUUCCUACCAUCGCUCCCGGUGCGACGCCUGGCACGCUUGACAUGGCGCCCGUGUCGCAAGAGAGGGUUCGCAUCAGCGACAACUCACCUUUCAGAUGAUGUCCCUAUCUUGCCUUUCCGGUUCGAAACUGGCAUAGGUCUCUUUGCGAAACGACCGCCUCGUCCAUUUCCGCCGCCUUUUCUUUCCCCCCCAUCUACAUCAUUUACGGAUCCUCUAAGUACGCAUCACCAGAGUCGCGACCGCCGUGCGUUUGUCAACGGGCAACUCAUCAGAGGCAGAACAAAUGGUGACGAUGCUGUUUACGCGAGCGAUUAUUUUAUUUGUGCCAACGACGGAGUGGGAGCGUGGGCCACAAGGCCGAGAGGGCAUGCCGGGCUAUGGUCGAGACUGAUUUUGCAUUUCUGGUCCUCUGCAAUCGAAGAAGAGUCCCGAGAAACCCGAGAACCCAACCCCAUUGCCAGUUUACAAAGUGCCUACGACAAAACUCUCGAGGCGACGAUAUCACAAGACUGGUUAGGGACAACGACUGCUUGUGGGGCACAACUACAUUACAAAACUUGCGCCGAAAAUGAAGAGCGCACAUCGCCAGUCUUGUAUGUAACCAACCUGGGCGAUUGCCAGGUCAUGGUUCUACGACCCAGCAUUGGAAAAGUUAUAUACAAGACGGUGGAGCAAUGGCAUUGGUUUGAUUGCCCGCGACAGCUUGGAACCAACAGCCCUGAUACGCCAAACAAUAAUGCAGUAAUGGACAAGAUCGACUUGGAAGUUGGGGAUGUUGUACUUGCGAUGAGCGACGGAGUUAUCGAUAAUCUUUGGGAGCAUGAGAUUGUUGCGACGGUACUCAAAAGCGUUAAAGAGUGGGAAUCUGGAAAACACCCGGAAGCUCAUAAGGGUGACCGAACUGGUGGUCGCAAUGGUGGAAUGAGGAUUGCAGCUAAUGAUCUCAUGGAGGCAGCGAGAGAAAUCGCUGUAGAUCCUUUCGCUGAAAGCCCGUUCAUGGAACGUGCCAUCGAGGAAGGCUUGGCAAGCGAAGGUGGUAAACUCGACGACAUCAGUGUUGUCGCAGCCCUCUGUGUGAAUAACGAGGGCUGA